CGACAGAGCUUCCCGACUGAAGUCUCGCGGAGUAAAACACCGGCCAUUUUUCUCCAUUUAUAGCAGGAGACACUUUGCGCUUCGGAAGUGUAUCCGAGAGUGUUGCGAUCACUUUUGAAAGCCUAUAAGUUUUCGCAAGUUUAAUUUUAUUAUCCAAGCAUCCAGACUUACAACAAACCGAACACACACCAUGUCUGUGUUUACCGCUUCAAAGUUUUUUCACUGACAUUCCUUGUCCGGAUAGAUGCUUGUCUAAACUAUCGCACAAAUGGAAAUGGUGCCUAGCGAGGAGAACCAGUUCGUACCAAAAGAGAUCCAAAAUGCAGCUGAGGAGCCGAGAGUGCUGUGCAUAAUCCAGGACACCACCAGUGCAAAGACAGUCAAUGAGAGGCUGACUCUGAACCUGCCUGCUUCCACGACCCUCUCCAAACUUUUUGAAGAUGUUGCCCACAAAGCAGGAUAUGUAAAUGGGACUUUUGAUCUCGCCUGGGGAAAUACACCGGACAUGGCACCACUGGACUAUAACAGUGAGACAUCCCUCUCAGAUUCUGGAUUUGAACCUGGUGGUAAGAGGAAUUUCCUCCAAAUUACAGACAAAGAUGGAGAGCAACCGCAGAUUGUGUCGGAUGAGUCAGGAACUGCAGAUAGCAGUGGACUGGAUGACAGUUCUCAGGAGCGCUUUAUUGGGCCUCUACCGAGGGACGGCACAGCAUGGUGCAGUGGUGACUGCAGCAGUCCAUCUUACUCCUACUCGUCCAUCCUCAACAAAUCUGAGACAGGCUAUGUGGGCUUGGUCAACCAAGCUAUGACCUGUUAUUUGAACAGUCUUCUACAAACGCUGUACAUGACCCCAGAGUUCAGAAAUGCACUCUAUAACUGGGAGUUUGAGGAGUCAGAGGAGGAUCCAGUCACCAGCAUCCCUUACCAGCUGCAAAGACUGUUCGUCCUGCUGCAGACUAGUAAGAAACGGGCAAUUGAGACCACUGAUGUGACCCGGAGUUUUGGGUGGGACAGCAGCGAGGCUUGGCAACAGCAUGACAUCCAGGAGCUGUGCAGGGUCAUGUUUGAUGCCCUGGAGCAAAAAUGGAAGCAGACAGAGCAGGCUGACCUGAUCAACCAGCUGUACCAGGGAAAACUUAAGGAUUAUGUUCGUUGUCUGGAGUGUGGCUAUGAGAGCUGGAGGAUUGAUACUUACUUGGACAUCCCUCUGGUGAUCAGACCUUUCGGAGCCAGCCAGGCCUACGGCAGCGUGGAGGAGGCUUUGCAGGCAUUCAUCCAACCAGAAACUCUGGAUGGGCCCAACCAGUACUUCUGUGAACGCUGCAAAAAGAAAUGUGAUGCUCGGAAGGUGAGCAUACUGAAACUGUGACAUNNNNCCUACCUGCUGACACUACAGCUGAAGCGGUUCGACUUCGACUACACCACUAUGCAUCGCAUCAAGCUUAAUGACCGCAUGGCUUUCCCUGAAGAGCUUGACAUGAGUCCAUUCAUUGAUGUGGAAGAUGAGAAGUCGCCUCAGACAGAGAGUUGUACUGACAGUGGAGCAGAGAAUGAAGGUAGUUGCCACAGCGACCAGAUGAGCAAUGAUUUUUCCACUGAUGAUUGUGUGGAUGAGGGCAUCUGCUUGGACAGCACUGGCAACACAGAGAGGAUGUUGAAGCCAAAGAGUUUGCUGACCUUUGAACUGUUCUCCAUCAUGGUCCAUUCUGGUAGUGCUGCAGGUGGCCACUACUACGCCUGCAUCAAAUCCUUCAGUGAUGGCCAGUGGUAUAGUUUCAAUGAUCAGCAUGUUAGUAAGAUCACCCAGGAUGAUAUCAGGAAGACAUAUGGAGGCUCCUCAGGGAGCAGAGGCUAUUAUUCUAGUGCCUUUGCAAGCUCUACAAAUGCAUAUAUGCUGAUUUAUAGAUUGAAAGAUCCCUCACGGAAUGCAAAGUAUUUAACUGUGGAAGACUUCCCAGAGCACAUAAAGAGUUUAGUUCAGAAGGAGAAAGAGUCUGAAGAGCAGGAAAAGAGACAGAGAGAGAUUGAACGCAACACCUGUAAGAUAAAGCUUUUCUGCAUGCACCCAGUAAAGAUGAUGAUGGAGAGCAAGCUGGAAGUGCACAAGGAUAAAACUCUCAGAGAAGCAACAGAGAUGGCCUAUAAGCUGAUGGAGCUGGAGGGAGUCGUCCUUCUGGACUGUUGUCGCUUGGUCAAGUAUGACGAGUUCCAUGAAUACCUGGAACGUUCCUAUGAAGGCGAGGAGGACACACCAAUGGGCCUCCUGCUGGGAGGAGUCAAGUCAUCAUACAUGUUUGACUUGCUGCUGGAGACCCGCCAGCCAGAGCAGGUAUUCCAGCCCUACAAACCCGGAGAGGUGAUGGUGAAGGUUCAUGUUGUGGAUCUGAAGAACGAGACCAUCGCCUCUCCAAUCAGUGUUCGGGCAUACUUGAACCAGACAGUCACUGAAUUCAAACAACUUAUUGCACAGGCUGCAGGGCUGUCUGCAGAAACCAUGCGUGUGGUUCUAGAGCGCUGCUAUAAUGACCUUCGGCUCCUCUAUGUUCCAAACAAGACAUUGAAGGCAGAGGGAUUUUUCAGGAGCAACAAGGUUUUUGUAGAGAGCUCUGAAUCGACAGAUCUUCAGGUUGCUUUCACUGACUCACUCUUGUGGAAACUGUUGGAUCGUCACGGGAAUACAAUCCGACUCUUUGUUUUACUGCCUGAGCAGUCUCCUGGAACCUUGGCCAACAGAACUCUUUACCAAAAAGUAGGAGGUGACUCUGAUGUGCCCUUUGAUGGGACAAAGGGUAACAGGAAAUCUGUAGAGGCUCUCCUCGAGGAGAGCACAGAAAAAUUAAAGAAUCUGUCUCUGCAGCAGCAGCACCAGGGUUCCAGCACCAGUGACAGCCAGAAAAGCUCUGACGCCAGCGACUUUGAGCAUAUCGAAUCCCCAACCCAAGAGGCUGACUCCAACUCUUCACUCUGUGUGGCGGCAGACAACAGAGAGUUAGAGAACCGGAUCAGGGGCGCAGUUGGGAGCAGCGGUGGUGCCACCUCUGACGCUGACAACCACUUUGCCUGUGAGGAGCGCUCAGACUCUGAGGUGAACAAUGAUCGCAGCACCAGCUCAGUGGACAGCGACAUUCUGAGCUCCAGCCACAGUAGUGACACGCUGUGCAAUGCAGAUAGCGGGCCCAUACAGCUGGCCAACGGCCUGGACUCGCACAGCAUCACAAGUAGCCGGCGCUCCAAAGCCCAUGAGGGUAAAAAAGAGACCUGGGACACUGCUGAAGAAGACUCGGGGACCGACAGCGAGUAUGACGACAAUGGGAAGAGCAAGGCAGAGGCUCAGUACCUGUACUUCAGAGCAGAGCCGUGUUCUCAGGAUGACUCCUCAUGGGAAGCACAAAAAUGUUUAGUGGUUCAUGUGGACAAGAGAAUAACAUUAGCAGCAUUUAAACAGAACCUGGAGCCAUAUGUAGGAGUCACCUCAACCCAGUUCAAGGUGUUUCGGGUGUAUGCCAACAACCAGGAGUUUGAGAGUGUACGGCUCAAUGACACGCUGUCAUCCUUCUCUGAUGAUAACAAGAUAACCAUUCGACUAGGAAGAGCACUGAGAAAGGGUGAAUACAGAGUUAAAGUGUAUCAACUAUUGGUGAAUGAACCAGAGCCCUGCAAGUUCCUUGUGGACACGGUGUUUGCCAAGGGCAUGACUGUCAGACAGUCCAAAGAGGAGCUGCUUCCUCAGUUGAAAGAGCAGUGCAAGCUUGACCUCGGCAUUGACCGGGUUCGUCUCAGGAAAAAGACAUGGAAGAACCCAGGCACAGUGUUUCUGGAUUACCAUGUCUAUGAGGAGGACAUCAGCAUCUCCUCUAACUGGGAGGUUUUCCUGGAAGUCCUUAAUGAGCCAGAGAAGAUGAAGUCUAUGUCACAGCUGGCUGUUCUCACCCGGAGGUGGAGUCCAGCUACACUGAAGCUGGGGCCCUUCCAGGAAGUGAUUCUGGAGAGCAGUAGUGUGGAAGAACUUAAGGAGAAGCUUAGUGAAAUCAGUGAUAUUCCUCUUGAAAACCUGGAGUUUGCAAAGGGCAGAGGAACAUUUCCUUGUGAUAUUUCUGUGUUGGAGAUCCAUCAGGAUUUGGACUGGAACCCUAAGGUGUCGACCCUUAAUGUGUGGCCUCUGUACAUUUGUGAUGAUGGAGCUGUGGUCUUCUACAGGGACAACACAGAGGAACUUGUAGAGCUGUCGGAGGAUGAGCGCAAUGAGCUGAUGAAGAAGGAGAGCAGUCGUCUGCUCAAGACUGGACACCGUGUCAGCUACUCGCCACGCAAGGAGAAAGCCCUCAAGAUCUACCUAGACGGAGGCCCUGCCAAGGACCCAGGGCAGGACUGAGGCACCGAGAAACACUUCUGGUUAUUUGAGGCAUCUGGCUGCUGUAGCAGAGCAACCAGACUUCGGGACUGUCUCAGUGUCAGGCCUGAUAGUGACUUGAACAUCAAGCAGUUUUGUGAGGCUGACGUGUGCUCACCCUCCAUUCUGGAUCCUAAGACUGGCUCAGAAACCUUAUUGUGCACUAUAGUGUAUUAUAUUGUAAAGUUUAAAGGGAAGUACAGAAGCUAUUCAUUAUGGAAAAGAAUCAAAUACUAUAUUGAUAAAUGAAUGCAGAGAUGUUAGGACUGUGAAACUGGGCUGGAAGGCAUCCAUCCUAUUUAAGUCUCCUGUCUCCUCCUAUGUCAAUCUCUUUCACACUUUUUCCCCAGCACCGUGUUUCUCUUUUUGUUUUGGACAUAGUGUUCUGAUCCAUCUGUGACCAUCUUCUAAUUGCAUAUGCUCACGCCUUGUGAUCGCUUUAUUAGAGAAAUUAUUCUUAUCAUACAGUACAUUGUUCACCUCCCUUCAAGACCAACAGUACAUGACUUACCCAGCCUUACUCAGCCUCACCUCUUGUGGCGAAGCUGCCUGGGCACUCUCUGUGGCGUUAUCAUUCAUUCACAAAUUUGAUGAAUCAAAAAAGCAGCAAUUAAAAAUUUGUAAACAGGAGGUUGUUCCUGCUCCUAUAAUGCCAGAGUAAUAUGCUAUGGGUUGUCCCUACUGUUGCUUGUUGUGCUUUAAUAGGAGCUUUACCUCCUGUUAGUUCACCUCCAUUAGAUUUAGUAACACACAGACUAUUGGUCCUUGUACUACAAAGUACAGUGAAGCAAAAGCAAGUAGACACUGGGUACAUCUCUUGUCUCUUAUAAGCAUCAUUGUUUCCCUGACUUGCAUCUUUUCCUUGUUUCUUAGUGCUACUUGCAAGAUGCAAGUAAAAAUGCGUGGAGAAACGUGAGGAGAAAAGACUUGAGGAAACAUCUUAUUAAUGGCAUGAAACGUCCUUUCUUCCAGUCCAUCUGAACUGACCAAUCACCAGUUUCUCAUAAAGGAGCAUGUCAGUUCACAAUAAAUUUCGCAAAGGAUGGUCUCGUGUAUCCUCGCUGAUGGCUCCUCUAGCACCAUCCUUGGUACUUGCUCCUCAGUCCUCAGAGCCAAUAUAAGACACUUGGAACAUCCUACAUCCUCGUGUGACCGAAACAAGUCAACAGAGGGUGCAGGAAUGAUUUUAUAAGGGACAUGAAAUGGGCUCAGUGUUAAGAAUCUUUUUGUUUUGUUCUCGUUACUUUUGUUAGGUUGCUCCAGACAUAAUUUUCCAGGUAGGUCUCAGGAGGCACCAGGCAUCUGUUAUCUAUAUCAGCCUUUAGGUUUGAAAGUGGAUUAUGCUCUUUUUGGGUUUUUUGGCACCAUGUGAACUGGGUGUACAUGUCAUCCACAUGUUCGUAUGUGAUGUUGUACUGAGGGGAGGGAGCUCUCUGGGGUUUUGGCAGAGAACGUGAGGAUGUUUUUGGCGCUUCUACCUGCUGCUGCUGCUGCUACUGCUGUCGCUGAUAGACUGUCACCAGAGGGUGGAGAAGGCCCACUGGACGUCUCAGUCUGUCUGGGCAGCUGCUCUGAGGACUGAAGCUCAGCAUAUUGGCCCUUCUGGGCUCCUGAUGCUGUCACCAGCUGUUCACUGUAGAAAUGCCAAUAUCUGAAGAAACUUUUUGUUGUUGUUGGUUUAUUUCUUUUGAGACUUAAAUCCUGUGUGAAUAUAGUUUGAUUUUAGAAAUGAAUUAAAAUGUUUGUUUUUUUUCCACAACAGUUUUCUGUCACUGUAAAUUAAAACGGCUUUUUAACUCA